UCUAGUAACGUUGUAAUUGCAACCUGCAAGUUGCAAGCAGGUAGUGUCGUUGUAUGGUUGCGUAGGCCAGGGUUCAAGGACCCAGAGGCUUUAGAGUUAUACUGGUACCUACAGUGUUUAGUGUUAGGAAAUUGUGAAGCAUAUUUUUAUAAACGAACUGCUUUUUUUUCUUCAGAACGUUUGCUACUGAUAAACUUAAAGGUGAACUCAUAUUUUGUUUCUAAAUUUUCACUGGACCACUGUAGUUCGUAUCUUACCUCAUGUACUCAACUACUUACUAGUUAUUUGUGCAAGACUCUGUCACAUUAAUCAUCGCACCUUCUUCAGUUGAUGCAUCAGUAUAGCAUAGUGACUUUGUUGACUGCUCUUAGAAAGGUUAUAGAGAAAAGUGUUCAUUCCAUAAGAAAAUAAAGGUUAUAACACCACCCUUCCGUUGCGUCAAAAGAUGUCUCGAUCUCGUCACGACCGUCGCUCUCCGGAGCACCACAAGAUCGAACGCAAGCGUAAACACAGCGACACCGAGGACCAUCAUCGAGGAAGUGGAGAAAGAGGAAGUGCUGGUAGCAGCAGCAGGUGGGACGAGAAACGCAGCCAGCAGCGAAAUGUCGAGAACAAGAGGCCCAAGGAUCGCGAGGACGAAGAUAAAAGACACAGACGUCAUCAGCACGACGAUGAUGCUCUUGUGUCCAGACGAAGGGACAAGAACGACAAAAGGUCACGCUUCGAACAGCCAUUCCUAAAAAAAGGAGACAACGAACCAUCACCAGAAUGGGGAAAAGCCAGGGUCAAAAAAGAGGGCAAGGCUAAAAUAGAAAAAGACAAGCCAAAUUUUCAGACUUCUGGCAAAUUAACGGAAGAUACUAAUACCGUUAACGGAAUUGUGAUAAAGUACUCAGAGCCACAGGAAGCUCGUAAACCAAAGCGCAGGUGGCGUUUGUAUCCAUUCAAGGGAGAAGAAGCUCUACCAGUACUCUACAUUCACAGACAGUCUGCUUAUUUGAUUGGUAGGGAUCGGAAAAUUGCAGAUCUUCCAAUUGAUCAUCCUUCUUGUUCCAAGCAGCAUGCAGCAUUGCAGUAUCGUUUAGUGACUUUCAAGAGAGAAAAUGGAUCAGAAGGUAAACGCAUUAGACCUUACCUGAUUGACUUGGAGUCUGCUAAUGGAACUUAUGUUAACAAUGUGAAAUUGGAACCUAAAAGAUAUCAUGAACUUAUGGAGCGUGAUGUUAUUAAGUUUGGAUUUAGUUCUAGGGAGUACGUUGUUUUGCAUGAACAAAGUAAAGAUGAAGAUCUGGAUGAUGAUUUUCGUGAUUAAACGCGUGUAUGACGUACAAAUCUGUGGGUGUAUGUUAAAAUCUGUAAUAUAUUUAUAUUAAGUAUUGUAAAUUAAGAAUGUACAUGAAUUAAAAACUAUUUUAGCAACGAUUUAUUUUCUAUUAGAGUUAAAAAUCAUAUUACUACCUAAUGUGUUGUAAAAUACAAAUAUUCGCAUUGAUUUUACACAAAACAACUUUCUCUUAGGGUAUUCAAAACCUCAACUUUUUUUUGUAAAUAUUAACUAAUGACUUGAACCAGAAACUACUUUUUGUAACAAACUGAUCAUAAUAAACUUGUUUUU